AUGAUGCAUCAAGAUGACUCCAUGAUGCUCGGUCAGUCAUCCUUGACGCCAUAUGUUUGUUGUUGUUGUUGUCUUCUCCUCGGCAGCGCGGGCCGGAGUUUAAAUUGCUGGCCAAAAAUAUCUCUUUCCCUCUUGCUUCGUCUUCGCCUUCUCCCGUCCCCGCGCCGACCACAACCUCACCAUUUCAAGCCCCGACUCCUUCAUCUCCUCCUCCUCCAGAAGACGGGCUCCCGAAGCUGCCGCAAGUCCGUUUCCGCCGGCCACAACAGACGACGCAGAUUGGCGGUAGCUCCUGCUCCAAGAUCACCUGGAAGUGGUUGUCCGGCCGGUUUCGUCGAGUCCAAGUGUCCGACCGUAGCAGCACUCGCUAAGAACUCGGGGUCCUGUUUCCUCCCUCUUCUUCCUGUUAAGGUAUUUUGGGAGAGAGGUGAAGCGCGGGUGAGCGGAUGCUCGGUCGGCCCGAGGAGGAGAGGGAUGAAGAUACUGUGCGACGUGUGCGAGGGGGCGGUGGCGGCGGUGCUGUGCUGCGCCGACGAGGCCGCGCUCUGUUGGGGCUGCGACGAGAAGGUGCACGCCGCCAACAAGCUCGCCGGGAAGCACCAGCGGGUCCCUCUCCUCCCCACCAAUUCCAACUCUUGUUCUUCUUCUUCACAAACCCCCACCUGUGAUAUAUGUCAGGAAAAAGUUGGGUAUUUCUUCUGCUUAGAGGACCGUGCUCUGCUCUGUCGGCAGUGCGACGUAGCCGUCCACACCGCCACUCCGUACCUAUCUUCCCAUAGGCGCUUCCUGAUCACCGGCAUGAGAGUUCCACUCCAACACAACUAUCUUACCAAGGAUGGUAACAACAACAACCACCCUCUUGAAUCUCGUGAUGGCCGAUUCAAUUGUCAAUAAGAAGCUUCAAGCAACCACAUCAGGGUAUGCUUCAAGGAUCCACAAUGGCUUUGGCAUGAACUUGUUGAUGGUUUCGAGUUCGAUCAGCAUUGCGGGCUGUCGGAACCAGGUUCCUCGAGCUAAAGCAGGUUGCUAAAAAAUUUUAUUCCUUGGUUAUAAAACCAAAAAAGAAAAUGUAGUACAUGAACUUAUUUCACUAUUUUGAUUCUUCUUUCGACUUAUUUUUCUUUGUAAAUCCCCAAAGAUGGGGUCUUUAGCUUUGUAUCUGAACUGGUAGCUCUGUUCAUUGAUAUUUUUUCUUCAUGUCACUGUUUGUAGACCACAUGGCAAAUUAGUAAACCAA